ACCUGUGGUGGGGGGAGAAAAAAAAACAUCCUCCGCAGUUCCGUCAGCUGGUGCGGUUGAAGGCUCCGUAAGUGAAGACUGUUGGCAUGUUGGACGCUUGUUUGUGUGUCGUUCCGCGAAAGUAACAACAGGUAAACGACGUCGGCGCGGCUCGCCCCGGUCCUUCGACGACAGCGGCGACAUGAGCCCGAACGAGCACUCGCUGCAGGCUCUGUCCUGGAGGAAGCUGUACCUGAGUCGAGCUAAACUCAAGGCUUCCAGUCGGACGUCAGCCCUGCUUUCCGGAUUUGCCAUGGUGGCCAUGGUGGAGGUGCAGCUGGACAACAGCUAUCCCUACCCGCCCGCUCUCUUGAUCGCCUUCAGCGCGUGCACCACUGUGCUCGUGGCCGUCCACCUGUUCGCUCUGAUGGUCAGCACCUGCAUUUUGCCCAACAUCGAGGCCGUCAGCAACGUCCACAACCUCAACUGCGUGCAGGAGUCUCCCCACGAGCGGAUGCACCGACACAUUGAACUAGCGUGGGCUUUUUCUACAGUUAUUGGUACGCUACUCUUCCUCGCCGAAGUGGUGCUACUCUGCUGGGUUAAAUUUUUACCCGUCAAGCCCAAGUCCAGCAAUGCCACGAUUUCAGCUGGUGUUGCUGCUGCGAUCACUUCCACCUCGAUCAUGGUCCCCUUCGGUUUAAUCUUCAUAGUUUUCGCUGUGCACUUCUACCGCUCUUUGGUCAGCCACAAGACUGACAGACAGUUCCAGGAGCUGGAAGAGCUCUCUAAUCUCACCAGGCUACAAAACGAGCUGGACAACAGAGGGGAUUCUAACAUUUUGCAGUCUCCAAGCUCACAUUUCCCAUAGUGAGGUGGACAUGCAUCUAUGGUGGAACUCUGACCGCUUGGUGGUUGCCCAAGCCAGAGCCUGAUUUAUUUUUAUUUUUUAAGGUAUGCAGAUGUCACCUCACCUGUGUUGUAAACUUUACUUUUGUGAAAAGUUUAUUUUUUAUUUUUAGAAAACGUAUUUGACCGAACUCUCAAACCUACCGUAGUGCAUGACUCAAAAUUGGAAAGUCUUAAAUGAAGUCUUAGUUAUGACAGUGGCUUGAUUCAGCUCCAUCAUCGUGGAUGACAUCGGAAUAAUAACUUGAAAUCUUGCUGCAUUUAUUUACCCAUUUGUUAGUGAACACUGCAUUUGUUAAUCACAUAUUGCCUUUUGUUUUGUAAACCACAAGUAUUUAACCCUUUCGACCUUAUGAAUGGAGUACACUAUUGUACGGUCAACUGAUUUUUUUUUUUGUAAUGCUGGCUUUGUGUAGAAUAGUUCACCAUCUGCUAAAACCGCAAUAUUAUAGUUGUUGACACAUGCAGCACAAGCUGUAGAAACCUUUAUACUAAGUGCCAAAGUUUUAGACUAAAUCAUUUGGAUGGGUCCAUGUAACCAACUUGCUAUUAUUAACAGGCUGAGUAAGUCAUACGUGUAUUACGACACAGACAAGUGUUAAGUUAAUUAGAGAACUUGAUCCCCAACAGUUUAUCCCCCUGAUGCAGAGUUUGUUCUUUUUGUAAAGCCUGAGCACUUCACUUGUCUUGCGUGUGCGGAAUUAGCUUGUUGUUUUUUUGCCUUCGAGGUCACAUGGAUUGCUUUUCUAUUAAGCAGUCUAAUUUCAUUUAACUGUUUGUUAUAUUAAAAAAUGUUUGAGAAAAAAA